AUGCAUUCGUUGUCCAGAAGGUCAACCUUUCAGCUCUACUAUAUGAGAACGGAGCUCAACAAAGGCCUUCCCAUCAUUCGACACACCAUGGCGUCGCACGACCAAGAAGACGAGCUCGCCAUGAGCAGCGACGAGUUGCUCCAAGCUCAGCUCGAGCUCUACAACCACUGCUUCGCCUUCGUCAAGUCCAUGGCGCUCGCAGCUGCCACCGACCUGCGCAUCGCCGACGCCAUCCACCUCAGGGGCGGCGCUGCCACCUUGUCUGAUCUUGCGGCCGAGACAGGGAUCCACCCGACGAAGCUCUCCCACCUCCGGCGGCUCAUGCGCGUGCUCACCACCUCUGGCGUCUUCUCCGCCGACGUCAAGGCUAGCGGCGGCGACGCCGUGUUUAAGCUCACCCGGGUCUCUCGCCUCCUCGUGGGAGCUGGGGGCGAGCACUCGCGCCGCCGUGACCUGUCCCCGAUGGUGGGCGUGUUUGUCAACCCGGUCGCCGUCACCGCUCUCUUCAGCAUACGCGAGUGGUUCACCGACGAGACGAGCGCCGCCUCGUCGCUCUUCGAGGUGGCGCACGGCUGUACUCGGUGGGAGAUGAUAGCAAAGGAUGCAGGCGAUGACCGCGUGUUCAACGCCGGCAUGGCAGCGGACAGCUGCCUCAGCAUGGAAAUCCUACUAAGAGAGUGCAGCGGUGUCUUUGGGUCCGUGGGCAGCUCGCUGGUCGACGUCGGUGGCGCCCAUGGCACGGCUGCCAUGGCGAUCGCCAAGGCGUUCCCACACGUCAAGUGCAGCGUACUGGACCUCCCUCUCGUCGUCGCCGGGGCUCCUGCCGUUGACAAUUUAACCUUCAUCGCCGGCGACAUGUUUGAGUACAUCCCGCCGGCAGACACCGUUCUACUCAAGUGGAUUUUGCAUGAUUGGCCGGACGAAGAUUGCAUCAAGAUACUACGCCAGUGCAAGAAAGCCAUCCCAACAAGGGACGCCGGAGGGAAGGUGAUAAUCAUGGAUAUGGUGGUGGGAUCUGCAGUAUCGCAGCAGGAAACCGUGUCAAAGGAGGCGGAAGUUUUGUUCGAUGUCUUCAUGAUGUACAUCGACGGGAUCCAGCGAGAGGAGCAUGAGUGGAGCAAGAUUUUCUUUGAAGCUGGGUUCAGUGACUACAAGAUUACACCGGUGACAGGAAUUCGCUCAAUUAUUGAAGUCUACCCAUAA